UCUAAUGAGAGCACUUGCUGACAAAGGUCACGAUGUUACAGUUAUUAGUUGUUGGGGGGAAAAACAUCUGCCAAAGAAUGGUACAUAUAGAGACAUUGUUGUAACAGGAGCAAUGGAAGAAUUAGAGAAGCAAAUGAGUAAAGAAGACGUAAAUAUGUUUGAAAUGGGAGGUAUAAAUCCACUUAUUAGUAGAUUUUUUGUGGGCUAUGAUGCUACACGCAAUGAGCGAAUUGACACUGAAACACGAAAAUGUGCAAAAACUUAUCAACUCAGGUGAAAAGUUCGACGUUGUUAUUGUAGAACAGUUUGGAAAUGACGCCCAAAAAGCCUUAUCUACGCAUUUUGGGGCACCAUUGAUUACUCUCAGUGCAAUAGGGGCAAACUAUUGGAUAAAUCCUUUAGUUGGUAAUCCUUCUCCUCCUUCUUACAUUCCGGAUCUCAUGUCAGACUAUCCAGUUCCUAUGACUUUUUGCGAAAGACUCAUAAACAGUCUUAUGUACGUAUUUAAUGAGUUAAUAUACAAUUUUAUGGUUUUCCCUAAACAAAACCAACUAAUGAAAAAGUAUAUCCCAAAUGCCCCAGCCCAUAUAAGCGAUGUACUUUACAAUAGUUCAAUUGUUUUGUUAAAUUCUCAUCCCAGUAUUAACCAACCUGUCCCACAUGUUCCCAACAUGAUCGAAAUUGGAGGUUUUUACAUCAAACCAUCGAAAACUUUACCACAAGACUUACAAGAAUUUUUGGAUAACGCCACUGAGGGUGUCAUUUACUUCAGCAUGGGUUCUAAUUUGAAAAGUGCGGAAUUACCAAAAGAAAAACGUGAUGCAAUACUUAAAACAUUUGCAAAAUUGAAACAAAAAAUCCUGUGGAAAUGGGAGGAAGAAGAUCUUCCCGGAAAACCACCAAAUGUAAAGACCGCAAAAUGGUUACCCCAACAAGAUAUCCUUGCACACCCAAAUGUUAAACUUUUUAUAACCCACGGUGGUUUUUUAAGCACAACUGAAACUAUUUAUCAUGGAGUACCCAUUUUGGCAAUUCCCAUUUUUGGUGAUCAAAAAAUGAAUGCAAGGUCUGCGGUUACGAGUGGCUACGGCGUGUAUCUAGCUUUUAAUGAACUGAAUGAAGAAACAUUGACUACUAGUAUUAACAAAAUAUUAAACAACAAAAGAUAUAAGGAAAAUGUCCAAAUGCGAUCAAAACUAUUUCACGAUCAAAUUGUUAGUCCCUUAGAUGCAGCUAUUUAUUGGAUUGAGUAUGUUAUUCGACAUGGAGGAGCACCUCAUUUAAGAGUUGCAGCUUUAGAUUUACCAUGGUACAAAUAUUUAUUGAUAGAUGUUGUUGCAGUAAUUGCCUCAGCAAUAAUAACUUUGAUUUUCAUAUUCGAUUCUCGCUAUUUUCACAUUGGGAAUCUCAAACCGAUCCACUGA